UGCCCACUGGACAUCUCUGGCGCCAGAGUAGCAGGGGUCCACUGGCCAUCUCUGGCGCCAGAGUAGCGGUGUCCACUGGCGCCAGAGCAGCGGUGCCCACUGGCCGUCACUGGCGCCAGAUUAGCGGUGUCCACUGGCCAUCCCUGGCGCCAGAGUAGCGGUGUCCACUGGUCGUCACUGGCGCCAGAGUAGCGGUGUCCACUGGCGCCAGAGCAGCGGUGCCCACUGGCCGUCACUGGCGCCAGAUUAGCGGUGUCCACUGGCCAUCCCUGGCGCCAGAGUAGCGGUGUCCACUGGUCGUCACUGGCGCCAGAGUAGCGGUACCCACUGGCCAUCACUGGCGCCAGAGUAGCAGUGUCCACUGGCCGUCACUGGUGCCAGAGUUGCAGUGUCCACUGGCCAUCUCUCGGCCAGAGUAGCGGUGUCCACUGGUCAUCUCAGGGCCAGAGAGGCAGUGUCCACUGGCCGUCUCUGGGCCAGAGUAGCGGUGUCCACUGGCGCCAGAGUAGCGGUGUCUACUGGCCAUCUCUGGGCCAGAGUAGCGGUGUCCACUGGCCGUCACUGGCGCCAGGGGACCGCUGGCACUGGCAGCAUUUCCCCGAGUUCUGAGAACGUGUCUCCGCCUCACUGGUUAAUAAAUCUCACUACAUUUUUAAUCUCUUUUGUGUUUUAUUCUCAACUUUAAACUGCGCGUCACUGGUCAUCUGUGGGUUGAGAGCUGGGGCCAGAGACCGAGGCGAGGGGCCGAGUGGACGGACGGCCGAGAGGUGACGGGAAUGUUUCCACCACCGGGGGGAAGCGGCUCAAGCUGCCGGCAGCGCCCGCUGAGGAUACAUCUGCCUCGGUCUAUUUGCGGGCUGAGCUGCGCUGCGCUGCCGUCUGUCUGGCGUCCCGGUUACAGCUGCCAGCUCCCAGCCCGCGGGUAUAAGGCAGGCGUGUGUCUGUCUGUGUCUGCCACAGGAGCAGUGGCGGGGAAGCGAUGGCCGGGACCGAGCCGGUGCGGGUAGCGGUUCUGAGUCUCACUUUCCUGCUCAUUCUACCCGCGCCCCGGGCGCUCAGGAACCUGGUCCCCAAGGAGGCGGAUUAUGUCGCGCCAGACUACCGCGGGAAGGGCUGCAUCGACGACCAGGGAUUGGUGUUUGACGUGGGCGAGCGCUUCUACCCGAGUGCCGGGGCUUGUCCGUGUGUCUGUACCGCGCUGGGCCCGGUUUGUCGAAAGCCUCGUUGCCCCCGGCUCCCCCCGCGUUGCACCCGCCUCAGUUACGGUUCCUGUUGCCCGCGCUGUGUUCAGGUCCGCAACACGUGUCAAUACGGGGGCCGCAGCUACCGCCUCCAGCAGGAGUUCUGGCCUUCUGCCUGUGAGAGGUGCCGCUGUGAAUUUGACCGCGAGGUGUACUGUCUGACUGCAGAAUGUGCUCCUGUCCACUGUGUCAACCCUUCCUAUGAACCCAACCAGUGUUGUCCUGUCUGCAGGCAGGGGCCCAACUGCUUUGCAGGAAACACCAUUAUCCCCGCUGGUGAGAGGGUGGAAAUGGAUGGGAUAUCAGUUUGUUUCUGUCCGUACAAGGAUGGCUCGUGGGAGCCCCAGCAACAGGCAAUCUGCAGCCUUCGUGGCUGGAAGCAAUCCCAUCAUUACACCGUUAAUGGAGGCCGCCACUAAGACCAGGAUCUGGGUACCAGCUUCACUGCCACAUCCUCUCAACCAGCUUUUGUGUUUGUUGGAGACUUGCCAUUAUUAUUAAACAGAAGAAAAACAGGUGAAUCCAUUUCCCCCACUGUGCUGAGCUCAAUCCCCAGGCUUUAUCCAGCGCCGUCUGCAUGAUGUGAAUAAGCAUUAAGCUCCAGCUGUUGCCGCUGGCUCCUCCUCAGUGAGGUGAUCGUGGAGAGGUAGUAGCCUCUUGCUCCUUCUGAUUUCCCCCCAAAUAAUCUUUGGACAGAAGCUUCUGCAGCCUCUCCCCCUCCCGACCGUGUUACUGCUGCGAUGCACAUAUUAGCUUGGUGCUGAGCAGCAGCCAAAGGUCUGAUCUUAAAUGAAAACACAGUGGAAACUGCAAGUCAACAGGUCAAACUUUAACCCUGUUACAGCUAGGCUGAGGGAGCUAAAGUGUCACCGAUACUUCAGCGUUAUUAGCAUGGUUCUGUU